UGACUACGGAGACGUGACAUACAUGUGAACAUCUUUGCGCUGUUUUGUCAGUUUAAAUACACUACCAGGCACGUGUGUUGACAAUAAUUGAACUCCGAAUUUGGAGAGCUUGUUAAGUUACUGAUAUUAUUAAUUAAUAACUAGAAAGAGCAAAAUACUCUCUAUACAAUGUCUGGUCAGUGGGAAUUUGUGGGUAAAACUAAGCAGAAAGCAAAUGGUCAGGCAGUCAAAAAACUCAGCAAGAAUGAAAAAAAGAAAUUUGUAGAGAAUGCACCUAAAGUUGAAGACAUUCUUCCUCUAUCGCAAGUGAAAACGCUGUACAGUGCCUUGGAUAAAGAAAACAGGAAGCCGCAAGGAAAGGAAAGUGUCGCUGUAAAAGAAAACGGUGAAAAGAAACAACCUAAGAAGCAGCCAGAGAAAAAGAAGGAAGCCCCAAAAGAAAAGAUUGCACCUCCAAAAAAUAUUGAGGCUGCUGUGAAACUGAUUAAAGCUGAUGAAUUAGAUUCUGAAAUAAAGAUUGGGCAAGCAAGAUUUGCAGAAGCACCAUUAGUAUGGCUUAAAGGAAUUGCUAUUUACUGCAACAGCAAGCUAUGUGUGGAGCACAGUCCAGUAUUCCAAGGAAAACCAAACGAAUACCCUCUGAGCUUGCUGUCAGGGGAGGUUCGUGAACUACUAAGAAGAGCCAUCAAAGAUGCUGGGGAAGGAGUUAUUCAGUCAUACUAUGAAUGGUGUCUGACGUCAAUGGCAAAUGAUAUGACAAAAGGAACAUCAUCAGGAUUGGGGUAUAAAGUAGUUCUGCAAUUGCUUGCAUUCCAGAGCCCUUUGUUGACAGUAACAGCUAUUCCAAAGGCAAUGGAGCUAAUGAAUUCAUAUCAGAACAGACAGUCCAUUGGGUUGUCAAUUUUGUGGGCUAUUGGGCUUGGGGGCAUCAAGGAUUUUGCAGCAGGCGUGAAAGUGUGGAAAGGUGUUAUGUUGCCUUUUAUUGAGAUGCGCAACUACACUAAUUAUGUGAUGGGGUACGCUAAAGAUUUAUUUACACGGAAGGCAGCAUCUCGGGUUGUUCUCAGUGAAGACCAGUUUUUUAGUAUUUUAGAUGUUGCUUACAACCCAAAAUUGAACAUUCCUGUGUCACUUCGGCAAGAAUGUGCUGUGAGCUUAAGGAAACAUGUGAUGGAUACAGACGCAGAAAAAAGACUUUCUGGAAUGUUCCAGUCCCUACUGGAACGAUUAGUGCCAUCAGCCCAUGAAAACUUGAAAUCUGAGCUGUGCAUAUAUCUUUCUGAUUGCCUUCAGAAUCAACCAGAAAGUUUCACCACUUGGCGACAAAUAUAUACUAAGGUGUUACCACAAUCAGCAUUGCUGUUGAGACAUAUAACUAGAAGCUGGAAAUUUGAUCCCAGGAAUCAAACUUUCAAACAGCUGAAGCAAACUUUGUCUGCUUUCCAAAUUACAAAUGAUGAGCUUCAGUCAGUGAAACGUAAAGAAGACGGCCUUGCAGAUUGUAGAAAAAUUUGCACGGAACUUCAACAAAAAAUGACAGUAAAAAGAUCAUUUCCAUAUGGCCUCGGGUGUUUGGUUCUUAUUGCAGCCAUUGGAGCUCUAACAGCCUAUGAUGUGAAGCGACAUGGCACAUUUAAGUCCUCAAGCACAGGACUUUUUCUACGUGACAUAGGCGCUCUGAAAUAUGGAGAACAGGCUUGGAAUAACGCAGUAGUAUUCUCAGGCAAAUCGUAUCAAUGGGCUGAAGAGAAUGUGCCACAUUACUAUGCUAUUGCAUCUGAAAAGGCUAAACCAGCUGCAGAAUUGUGCUGGAAGGGAAUAGUCAUUAUGAUGGAGUAUGUGACAAUUUGGUAUGAGAACAUUAGAGUGUAUGGAGAAGCAGCAUCUCGAAUAUUUAUUGAUUGGGUGAAUCAUUAUGCACCGGGUCUAUUGGAAAAACUAAAAGAGCAUUCCAUCAAUGUGUGGAACAUGACAGUGUAUUACACAAUAGCAAUGUGGAACUGCUCACUGGAAUAUGUCAAUGUAGCCUUGGAAUGGCUAAGGAAUACAGUUUUCACUGGUUCCUUGUCUCCAGAGAAUAUCCAGAAAUAUUCAUUGGAAGCACUAAAUACAACACAAAUCUACGCUUUGCGGACAUAUGAUUGGGUGUAUCAGAAAGUUCAAACACUGUCCAAAACACAUUGACAUGUAACCAAAUGUCUAGUGCCUCACAUGAAACCAUGUCAAAUGUAUCACUUACCAAAAUAGUUUUUGGCAAAGGGGGGACCAGUAAAAAGUCUGUGAAUUCACCAACUAAUAAACAUUUCCAUAAAAAUUACAUGCUGUAAAUUUAUUGUUGUUUUGUAUUUUCUUGAUACUUAUGGACACAUUCUGUGUGGUAUCAUUUGAGCUUACUGUGUCACCAUUUGAGAAAAUGGUGACAAUCUGUAUUUCGUAUACUGUAAAAUUUUAAAAAGUUUGUCCACUAGAUUAAUUUUUGAAUUUUUUGUAUGUGAAAGUAAUUUUUGAAAAUGACUUUCAGUUCAGGCAUGUAAUUAGUGCAGUUUGCAUUGUGCUGCCUCUCUCUCAUUCCUAAAUAUUUGAGACUGAACUUACGUUUUGAGACUAGUAAGUUUUUUAACUAAUAUUGUGACGACUUGUAAAAUUGUUAGGGAUUUGAAAGAUUUUUUGUUAUUUAUACUGAGUUUUAUUAUGCAUGGUUGUAGCAAUAAGGCAGUGUUCUACAAUGUAGGAACCUGCUGUUGCAUAUGAAUGUGAUGGAGAAUUAAUGAUAUUAAAUUUAUUUGAAAUGUUA